CUGAUUCAAUCACUGGAGUCUCUAAACUUAUCCACUGUGCUUUAUUUUGAUUCAGAAAACAGUCUUUAGUUAAUACCAUAAUGGCUAAGCUAUUUUGUGCUUCUCCCAUUUUCGUUGCUGCUUCUAUCUUGCUGUUGAUUACUGUAUCCGUUUCUUCUGUUCGGGAUCUUGCACAGACUACUAAUUCAGACGACGGAAAUGCAAUUUUGGAUCUUGCAAUGACCACCAAUUUAAGCGGUGAUGGAAACGCAGUUUGCUAUUUUGACGGUGGAUAUAUCGGACAGGUAAUAGUGGCAACAAGCAAAAUAUCUUGCCCGAGGUGCAAGAGAAACUGCCUGGGGCAAUGUGGAAGAAGCAAAUACACGACCGUCCACAACCAAUGCGAUACUAUAGCCUCAGCCACAUUACAGUGCUACUGCUGUUGUAGUAACGUACAGAAGCUUUCCUUCACUUCAUCAGAUUAGUAAAUUAAUCCAACAUGAUCCUAGUAGUAGUUGGAAGUGGCCAACGUGAGGAGAGUAUAUCCAUGUUUUUUUUUUUGUUUUUUUUUUUUGAAGCAGUGGAUCCACGAUGUUUCACUCUUAUUUGGAUCAAAAAUAAAUAAAAUGUUCCACUAGUAGUUGAAAUACUUCGUUCUCAAAUA